UUUAUUUACCCAUCAUACCUGUCUCCCACUCUCUCUAUAUUUUCUUAUCUCCAUUUGCCACACGCCUCUAUUAGCCCCUUCCCUACCCCUCCUUGCCCUCCUUCUGUGUGUAUAUAUAUACAUACAUUACCUCUAUGUGCUUAGUCUUCUCCAUUUUCCUCGAAUAAAUUGCUGAUUCUGCAACGACGAUGAUGUCGAGCUUCUGUUCACAGUCGGGAAACAACGGCCACAACUUUCUCACAUGCACCGGCGAGUCUUCGCCGGCCGCCCUGUGUGGUGGAGGAGUAGAGAUCAUGCUGUUUGGCGUGAGGGUGAAGGUGGACCCCAUGAGGAAGAGCGUGAGUUUGAACAAUCUAUCUCAGUACGAACAUCCUAAUUCUAACGACACCAACAGCGGAAAUAACAAUGACUCUUCUAAAGUUGCCGCCGACGAGGGCUACGCCUCUGCCGACGAUGCUGUUCCUCAUCACUCCGGCAGCGGCCGUGAGCGUAAGCGAGGAGUUCCAUGGACGGAGGAAGAACACAAGCUAUUCCUUUUGGGAUUGCAGAAAGUGGGAAAAGGAGACUGGAGAGGAAUCUCUAGAAACUUCGUCAAGACUCGUACACCGACACAGGUGGCAAGUCAUGCGCAGAAAUACUUCCUCCGGCGAACUAACCUCAAUCGCCGCCGCCGCCGUUCUAGCCUCUUCGAUAUCACCACUGACUCGGUAUCUGUAUUGCCGACAGAAGAAACCAAAAAUCUGCAACAACACUCCAUUUCAUCAUUGCCUCCUGUAGAAACUUCCAAAAUCAAUGCAUUUCAGGUGACAUCUUUGCCAGUAAAUUUUGGGCAUCUUGUCUUGCCAGCACAAAUUGAGAAGCCAAUAGAAAGUCCAAUCCUUAGGCAAGCAAAUGAAAGUUAUGACGGUUCAUCAUCUAUAUUCCUCCGGCCAGUUCCAGCUGUUGUUCCCCUAUCUAAUUCAUCAAGAAUAGCUGACUUUAACUUGAAUCAGAGCUCAGCAAUGGAGACAUCUUCAUUAUCGUUGACAUUGUCCUUGUCAUCACCAUCAUCAUCAUCUACUAGGCACUCAGGAUUUCAAGUGAUGUCAAAUUUUAGUAAUGGAGAGAACAUCAUCAGUGUGGCAUGACCUACAAGAAUCUUAUAUUAAAUUAAAAUAAUAGCAGUAACUUAAAGCUAGAAGAAAAAAACAAUGAAGUAAAAACAUAGAAAAGGCCAAUGGGAAGUUCUAUAAUGGAGUUAAUAUUAUUAUUUAUAAGGAGAGAUGAGGUGAGGUACUUAGUGGAAUUAAUAUGUAUGUUCCUUUUGUUUUGUACAGACCAGAAAUAUGUCAUUGUCAUGCCUUACUGUUUUAUGUCUA